UUUCCGCUCUUAGUUCUGCGCACUACCGUACUUACCGGCUGCUCUACACAUUGGUGUUGUUAGAGCUGCAAUGGGGAAAAAAUCUAGGGCGGCUUCGGGCCGGAGGCCAAUUUUGCAGCUUUCUCCUCCGGGUCCCCGUGGCCCCUCGACAGCUUGGGAGGAGAACGUGGGAUCAGGAUCAGAAGAUGAUCAAGAAGGCAGUGGUGAUCCAUCAGCUGCACCUUCAUACAUCUCCAAGGAGAUAGAAGUUGAACCAGUGCCACCAGCAGUGAAAGCUACAGUAGGUCUUUCUUUGCUUGGAGCAUAUGCUGAAAGCGAUGAGGAGGAGGGUGCUGAAAUCCAGCCUGAAAAGCCUAAGCACAACCAAUCUGGUGAUAUUGACAGCACACUUGCCAGUUUCUUAGCUGAGAUUGAUGCAAUUACAACACAGCCGGCCCAGCCACCAGGUGAGCCUGCAACAGCUUCGUGGGCUCCUCCUCCCACACCACCUCGUCCGGAGCCAAGAGAUCAGCAGCAUGCACAUAACAACGCAACUAUUCAGAAUGGAGAGGUGUCUGCAGUGGCUGGAAUUGAGUUUCAGUAUGAUACCCAAUAUUCUUUGGCAGGCGUUGGUAUCGAAAUGGGUGACUGGCAGGAGGUAUGGGAUGAGAACACUGGCUGUCACUAUUACUGGAAUACACAAACCAAUGAAGUGACCUGGCAACUUCCACAAGAUCUGGCUAACCAAGUCCAGGGCAUUCAACAAUAUCACAACAGCUCUUUGGCUACAGUUAAUGGCACUGGAGCCCACAGUAAUGGCCUUUACCAAGAACAGAAUACUGUGGCGGUGGCCAGUGCACAGACUACCAAGAGAGAGAGUAAAAAACAGGAAGUGAUGGAAUCUGUUCAGGCUCUUACUAGUGAGGAAGAAGAGCGUCAGGGUGUUGCUGCAUCUCUUUUGGCUCCCCUCAUUCCACCGGAAAUAAAAGAAUCAGAAGAAAGGUGGAGAAAGAGAGCUCUAGGCUUAGAGGUGGAUCCAGAAGAAGAAGAAGAGAUGGAUUCCAAGGGAGACGGCCACAUUCAUGGGGAUGUGGAUGCAAACUCGCAAAGUGGAGAAAGCUCAGAUGCUGAAAUGGGAAAUAAUGAAGCAGAAGAAGAAACUGAAGAAGAUACACGGGAUCUGGAACUGGCCUUAGAAAGGAAAAAGGCUGAACUGCGUGCAUUGGAAGAAGGAGAUGGUAGCUUAAUGAGCUCCAGCCCUCGUUCAGAUGUGAGUCAGGAGGGCAGUAGGAGUUCCUUACUUCGGAAAGGAAAGUGGAAGACCACUUUUGUUCGUUCUGCUAGCCCUGACUCAAAUAGCAGAGGUUCAGACAAAAAUGGAAGGGACUCUCCAGACCUUGGAGACGCAACAGCAGCUACAGGUGUCUCGAAGACAAAUGAGAAGACACUGGAAGAAGAGCAACAAAUAAAUUCAGAGGUCUUUCAGGAAAAAGCAAAAGCCAGACCUGCUGUAAAAGAAGAAGAGGAUGAUGAAGACGUAGAACUGAAGUUUCAGAUUGGAGAACUUGCAAAUACAUUGACCAGCAAAAUGGACUUUUUAGGAAUUAAUAAAAAGACCAUUUCCAACUUUCAGCUGCUGCUCCUGCAGAUUGAGACCAGAAUAGCGGAUUGGCGAGACGGAGCACUGAAUGGAAUUUAUCUUAAGCGCAAGCUACAAGAAGCAGCCGAACAAAUAAAACACUAUGAAAUAAACGCCACUCCCAAAGGCUGGUCCUGCCACUGGGACAGGGACCACAGGCGUUAUUUCUAUGUUAACGAUGUGACCAGUGCAUCACAGUGGGAGUUUCCUGAUGUGGAGGAGGAAGAAGAGGCUGAAGGAAAAGACCCCAGUGCUGAAAAGAAUGUCAAGAAUGAGGGUGAUGGCCAUGUAUCACCUGAGCCCCAAGUCCUUCUAACAGACAACAGCAGCUAUCUAUGCCUUCCAACUGUGACCCCUAGUCUACCUGUGCAGACAUAUUGGACUGUACCUCAGCCUCCACUACCACCUGCUUGUGACCCCCCUCCACCACCUCCGCCCCCACCCGAGUCCCCUCCACCACCACCUCCCCCACCAAUAGGUGAUGACACAGAGAUUGAAGAGGUAGAAAUGGAAGAGGAGGAAGGCGAACCUCCAGCUCCAGGAACAGAGGAAGAUAAUAUGCACAGAGCACCUCCAGCCCCUGUUGUGUCCAGCAGCACUAAGGACACAGACUGUGUGGAGCCUUCAGCUAUACCGUCAAGACCUGCUAAAAGAAAAGCUCCUUCUGUCAGCUCGGGACCACAACAAAAAACUGUUACAAUUGGUAGCAAUCCCAUCCUCUACAGCCAGUCUGCAAUAGUGGCUGCUCCAGUAGCUAGCACACCGGUGUUUUGGGGUAUGUCUGCUGGAGUCACCCCUGUCAUCAGUAUGGACACCACCACAACAGUGGUGCCACCUACAGUCACACACACGCUUUCUAGUAAAACAUCUGCUUCAAACAGUUCAGAUCCACCAGUCUCCAGGUCUCACCCAACUGAGAAAUUGAAAAAGCUCAAGAAAGAAAAGCCAGCUAAAAAGACCAAGACCAAGAUGCCAUCUCUGGUUAAGAAGUGGCAGAGCAUUCAGCGAGAGCUUGAUGAAGAGGAGAACUCAACGUCCAGUGAUGAGGAUAGAGAUUAUGUUAAUCAGAAACGUAUAGAGGAGUGGAAACAGCAACAGCUUGUUAGUGGCAAAGCUGAGAAAAAUGCGAACUUUGAAGCUCUUCCUGAAGAUUGGCGUGAACGGCUGAAAAGAAAGAAGCUGGCCCAGAACACGUAACUGAUGGCGCACUGGACUGCAAUGUAGUUUUCUUAUCAUAAACAUGGGUGACUCCAGAGUUUUGUUCAGGCCCAGCAGGCAUUUUUUUUCUGUUGGUUGUAAAUGGGUUGUGUUUGAUACACCACCCAUCCAUCACUCCACUCCAUAACCCUUGGCCAUACAUGAACACAAUUUCUGUAUUCCUUUAACUUGGAAUAUAAGUAAGUACUGGGUUAAAAUUCAGUAGAUCUGACACAACCUUGUACUGAUGUUUUUAAACUCUUCUAUUGUCGUCAGUAUUCUGCCAUCUGUCCUGUCUUGUGCACUACAUCUAGGACUUCUACAUGUACUGCAACUUUGAUGUCCUGGGGGGGGGGGGGUCAGUCGUUUUGUAUUAAAUUUGUGAAUGUAGGAUGGAUUCUAAAACUCAUGGUUCUUUCUGUUUUGAGAGAAGUGAUAUAUCCUGAUGCCAUGUUCAUUUCCUGAAGUGUGUUUUCCUGCACUGUCCACAC